GUCUUUGUUUACAUUUGACCACAGUAAAGUUUCCUUGCUUUUAAGUUUUCAAGAAUAUUAUUUUACAAAUAUAAAAUUCCAGAUGGUGAUAAUUAAUGAAGCAGUUUAUAAAGAUAUAUUCAAUAUCCUUUCAAGAUUUCGUGGACUUUCAAUAGAAUGUGAAGAGGAAAUUAGUAAAAAGUACACAGAGUUACCGAAACAAACAAUAAAAGCAAUUAUUUCAAAACAUGGGCAAAAUGCUUCAAAGAACUUAUUUUAUAAAUAUUCCAGUCGUGCCGAUACUAUACUGACUGAAUAUGAGAAAAGGGCGACUAAUGACCGAGCAAUUCUUGAUCUGUCAAUUGAGAUGAAUUAUCCACCAACUGGAGUAUGUCGACUAAUUCUAAAUGAAAAAUAUACCAAAUUAGAAGUGAAAGAGAUGCUAAGGGAUCCUCAUUUAAUUCCUGAUCCAAUUCUUAGUGCGAAUGUUUUCAACUGCAUUUAUAAUGACAGCCAAGAUGGGGUCAUAAUUGAUAUGAUUCGUUACUCGAUAGGAGAAGAAUAUGAAUUAAAACUGAAGAAAAUGGCGAGGGAUGUCGGAUUAACUUUCUACGAUGAAGGCGACUUACGACGCGAUGGAUUUGAUAAAACUCCUGAUUUACUUUUAGCUGUUCAAUGUCUCUAUAAAAACACAAUCGUUAAUUGGAUCGAAAGUAAAGCAUCGUUUGGCGACCAGGAAAGUCAUUCCAAAUAUCUUAAAGAUCAACUAACAUGUUAUGAAAACAGAUUCGGAUGUGGAAUCGUCAUUUACUGGUUUGGCUUCCAGGAAGAGAUUUUAAGCAACAAACAUAAUGUAAUUGUUCUCGACAAGUUUCCAGCGCUUGAAGAUCUUACAACAUUUAACAAUUUGUAUAAUAAGUCAAGUUAACAAAGCAUAAAGAAAAACAUUUUCGUUUAAAAAUAUCAUUUUUAUUU